AUGCAGGAGGCUGAGCGUUUUGUGGCCUCGCUGCACGCUACACGAGAGGAUGAGGAGCAGCGGCGGGAGGCUCUCAGGCGGCGGCGCAUUGAUUGUAUCAUAGCAGGCAAAAAGGAGCGCACGCAGCGUUCCAAGGACAUGCUGAGUGUUGUUCUGCAGCGCGGCGUCCAGGCUGUAUCGUUGCCCGAGGACAAGUUCUUGGGUUCCCUCGGGGAUGUAGGGAGGUGGUGGGACCUGAUCAGCGAGCAUAUUCUGGAGGAGAAACGGGAGUGUGAGGAGGCCGUGAAGCUGCAGAAACGGCUGAACUCCAUGUACCUAACGUCAAUGAAGAGGCGAGAGGAGAAGGAGCAGUCAACAGCGAUUGGAAGCGACGAGCGCCGGUUGCGCGAGUUGGAAGAGUGGUGUUUGGAGGAAGAACGCAGGACAAGGGAUGAUGUGAUUGGUGACGUCGUUAACCGCAUUCUCUUGGCUGUUGACGCAUGCAUCGGAUUCACUGAAAAACACGCUCUUGAAGGUAGUGUUUGUAACACGCUCCUUGGCGGCAUCACUCUGAAUGCUUUUAUUCGAACCAUCAACGGGACAUCAUUGACUGGGGAAGAGCGAGCUCGCAUUGCCUUUACAGAUAUCUUUCACUGCCAUCCAUUUCAAAUAACAGGGGAUGCAUUUCUUUACCUUCUUUAUGCCAUGUACGACAAACUGGCACCGGAUGCCUCUUCUGUCAACUGUUUUGAUAUCUCUUGCAGGCCGCUGUUUGUGAUAAAUGGACCAAAGUUUAGCGGUAAGACAGUUGUGUCUCGUGAGGUUUCUGCUGAACUUUCGCUGUUGUCCCUCACAGAUCGGGACCUGACAAAUAAGGCCCUGCAGGCGUACCGAAAUGAGCGUAAUGGUUUACCAACCCUUGUGACGGUAGAAGACAGCAACGCAUUGCCAGUACUCUCAGCCUAUGAAGAGCAUAACGUGCAGGACGAGGAAAUUGUAUACCACAGCGAGUCACGCAUUGAACAGGUUGUCGAAUCCUUUGUGCGGCUUAGUCCAUGGGCUAAGGUGGGCAAGACCAUUGAGGCUGCCCUUUUCCGCGGUGAAGCAGUGGACCCAUACCUCAUCGUGGAGCUGAUGCAGCUGGAGAUGGCUGACACCACAUUGCAAUGUGAAGGUAUAUUGUUCGACGGAACGGUUGGUGUAUUGGGGCAGCUUUGUGUUCUGCAGCGUAUGAUUCCAAAAAAGGUGCAUUUGUUUGAGGGGGUCUUGCGAGACUUCCCGCCCCGUAUAGAGGAGGUUCCCUUAUCAACACUGCUGCUUGUACCGCGGGAGACACACUCUAAUGUGGGCAGUCUGAAGAGCGAGGUCCGGCCAAGGCCACCAAAGAAAGGAGUUGACCUCAGCGCAUUGCCACCGCCUGUGCUGCCAGAGGUGACACGGCCUGAGUUGACAGAGGAGGAAAAUAAUGCAAUAGCAUACUGGGAGCAACACGGGCAGAUGUACUCUCUAUUCUCAGCUGUUGUGCAUAUUGACUGCAGGCCGCAUGAAAUUUUUGGCCGCUUUGCUGGACUUCGUGUUGAUAAAGAGACAGGAGAACAUUACCACAUGGUGUUUAGUCCUCCGCCGACAGAGCGCUUGCCGUAUUUGGUAAGCCUCGACCGUGUGAAAACUUCCACAGCGCAGCUGCACCGUCUCUUGUUUAACCAGAACUGGUACUGGGAGACGAUGAGGCGCUGGCUGAAACGUGAAGAGGGAUGCGGUAAAAACGUGCACGAAGUCAACGGAGAAAGAGCAUUGGAGGAAAUCAUAGUUGAUGUUCGGAAUAUUAUUCAAGAGGCAGGAGAGAAAUACAAGGAAGGCAUUCGGUAUCACGAUGCUGCAAUGGCCGCAAAAAAGAGGCGGGCAUACAUUGAUGCAAGCAUUGCUGAGCAGGAGGCAGCGCAGGAGGCUGAAAGAAAGCGUCUCAUAGCGGUUUAUGCAGAAUGUGGAGCACCUAUUCCGCCGGAAUUAGAGUCUCGGUCACAGUUGUCGUCAUUUUACACAAUGCCAGAUGCUCUACCAGAGGCUUUCAUGCGACUGUUUUGCGCCUUUAGGACUCAAUAUGAGAGUGCAUAUGACUGGUUGGGGACAGCUGUGGAGAAACUCGCCAAUGUGAUGCUGGAGCACCGCUUCGAGGCGAUGGAUCUCUUCAAUUACUUCUGGAACCAACAGGAUGAAAAGCAGGAAAAACUGGAUCAAUUCGUGGCCAACUACAAUGGAGUACCGCCCGAGAUUCUGGGACAGCCCACAUGUAAGGAGGAGCUACAUCAGUUGGUGGAUCAGCUCAGGGAGGAGUUGUUUCGCACGCUGGAGGCAACUGAAAAGGAGGCCAGUACAAUGAUUGAGCAAAUCACAAAAAAGGAGUCCUUCUCAGGGCCAUGGUGUGUGGCGGUGUGUAAUGUUGGUGUUGCUAUGGUGCAAGUGGAAUUGGAGCGGUUCUUGGUGGCACUGAACUUGGUGGCGAUGUACUUUGCCGCCGUUGUGAAUGAGCCCUGCAAUUUUGAGGAAUUGGAAUCGGAGGUCAUUCUUGUACGUUCCACCACGGAGGCCGCGGCGGAGCAGACAAAAGGGAAAGAGAAGAAGAUGCAAAGCACCAAGAAGGCUCCGCAGCUGGAGGAAGUGGUUGAAAAGACCCUUGAGGACACCUUUGUAGAGACCGUUGGAAAGAUUGUAACCUCCAUGGAAAACCUUGUGGGGAAGUUUUCUUCUGUAAUUGAGGCGUCUGUGAAGGUGCGUGAAAGUGCCAAGACGUCUGCCAUGGUGGCGGAUGAUGGAAGGACGGUAUUGAUUCUCAAGAGGUGUUUGCCCUUUGUUCAAGGUGAGUUGUCCAAGGCGCAGGAGCGUAUUUCCUGUAUACGGCAGUUCUUCCUUCAAAUCCAACGUGAAGGGGAGGCGUACUGUACACGCAUGAAGGACAACAUGCUCUCUCACACACGGGAGAAAAGUUUCCGCCAGGCUUCAGCAGUAAACACGGCGAUCUACAUUAUUCGUAACGCCAUUGAAGAAGAGCGGCCUCUUCCUCCCAUGCACUUGGGACGCGAUACGUUUCACACCGUCCCUGCGGCAACACAAGAAGCAAUCGAUCAUUGCCUUUCCUCAUCCCAUAAGCUGCAGAUAUUGCCGGCGUCAGAAGGACCAAAGAUCCAUGCAACACUCUCUUCUUCUCGGUUGGUGGACAUCAUUAUAGCAUUCCGUUCUGUAGCGCCUGACUACGCACUGGGACGCACGGAGUUCUUUUACAUUGUGCGUCCUGACGAUUACGCUGGGGCCACUGCCAGAAACCUUGGUCGUCUUAAAACACCGGAUGAGCUUUUUGCCGCGUUUGAUCCGCUUGGUUGCGGUUUCAUCGACUGGCGGGAGUUUGUGGUUCAUCUGCUUUUAUGGUGUGCGCCGGUGCCGGAGGUGGGGUCAGACGUAGAUGUGAAAAAUAAUUUUUAUAUCCCUGAAUGCUCCAUCACGGAGCUGCUGGAGAUCCGGACCGACCUUGGCCCCGAGGCGGUCACCGCGGAGGUUUUUUAUGAUAUCCCCUUCUUCUUUGAUAACUACAUGGCGGACGACCGGUUGGAGGCGUACGUGCGUGCGCUGUGGAUGACAUUCUCGGCCGCAGACGGUUUGUUGGAUCCGAUGCCUUUGUUGGUGUUUCUUUGCAUUGACCGACAACCCAUUCGCGGGACGCAAAAGGCGUUCUAUGUCCUCUCUCAAAAUGGGGACGGCGUCUUGACGUCAGAGGAAUUGGACUUUGCCUUUCACGUGCGGGUGACGAACCCACGUAACAUGUGUCUUUCAGAUGUAUUUUCACCCGAAAACAUUGCAACGCUCUACGACGGUGAGCUCUCGCUGGCCUUUCAGUCUGUUGGCGCGCGGGUCAUUGGGCGUACCAUGCUCAACCACACCGAUGCAUUUCACCGCAAGUCUUUCCUUGAAAACGAGCCUCAAGUCAAGUGA